AAAAUUAAACUCAUACAACAAAUUAUUUUUGAGUGUGGAGAGUGCAAAAAUGCAAAAAGUGUGCUACAGAAUAAGUCAGCAUGUAGACUGAAUGUGAUACACCUAGAUUUCGACAGAGGUGCAGUGUGUACAAACGAGUUUCUGUGAGCCUUAACAAAACCAUAUAACCUUCUAAAUGGAAAAGGGACUGACAUUACACUCUUAAUAAUGUUGUUUAUCAUGGAAUCUCAUCCACAACUUUUUUCAUUUUUCAUUGUUGCAGAUGUGUUUACACUGCAGCUGCACCUGUACAAACCACGCCUACAGAGUUUUAAUUGGAUAUCAAUAUCACUGCAAGGCAAAGAUGCACAGGUGACAAUAUGGCACUGGAACAGGUCACAGGGCAAGAUUUGGAUGCUGAGCUCAAUGAAGAAGAAGAUUUGGAGGAAAAGGAGGACAGUGAUGAGGAUGAUUGUGCUAAUCAGGGCCAGAGUGCUUCCUUUAGCUCUGAGAACGAGGCUCAAGGCGGUGACUCUUCAGGAUGGCCCUGUGCGCUCCCCUCUACCUCUCCCUCAGGCGAGACCCCGGGCCGCCCGCCCGCUCACCCCCUGUCCCGCCCGGACAACCGCAGCCCCGCUCUGGCCCUCAGCGCCACCAAGAAGAGGAGCUCCAAACCCGCUUACAUGAGGAGGAACAUCAGGAAACUGUUGAAAGAGCACCAGUUGGAUGCAGUGACCAAAGUGGCCCAACUGGAGGAGGUGGAGAGACGCAAGCGCCUGGAGCAUCAGAGGAAAGACUUCACUGUAGCCCCUCAGCCCGAGUACACACACACAGCAGCUAAUGUGUGUGUGAGUGCGGCUCAGUGCGAGGCCAAGCACAGCGCAGUAUGUGUGGAGACAAGCACCAGCAGUGCCACAGACAGCACUAAAGCAACAGCUGCCCUUAAAAGAGACCAAAGCUCAGGUGAAAACACCGCCUCAUACAUCAUUAGUGAAGCGACCAAUGAGGAUACGGAGUCAGCGGCCACUGGGGAAAGCAGUGGAGCACAUGUUAACGAUGCUCUCAACCAACCAGAUGCUCAGGGGCGUGUCCUCAUCAACGUCAAUCACCCGGCAGAUGAAAAUGACCUCUACCUCUCCCCUCAGCUCUCCCACGCUGUCAAACCUCACCAGAUUGGAGGAAUAAGGUUUCUGUAUGAUAAUCUGGUGGAGACUCUGGAGCGGUUUCAGAGUGGUUCUGGGUCCGGCUGUAUCCUGGCUCACAGCAUGGGCCUGGGUAAAACUCUACAGGUCAUCUCCUUCAUCGACAUCCUCCUGCGCCACACCGGAGCGCACACCGUGCUCGCCAUCGUCCCUGUAAACACGCUGCAGAACUGGCUGGCAGAGUUUAACCUGUGGGUCCCACCCCCUGAAGCCCUGCCCCCUGACACUGACCCCGCCUACAUCACGCCUCGCACCUUUAAGGUGCACAUCCUCAAUGACGAGCACAAAACCACAUCCACUCGUGCUAAGGUGGUUGAAGACUGGUACAGAGACGGCGGUGUGCUGCUAAUGGGUUACGAAAUGUACCGCCUGCUCUCACUCAAGAAAAGCUUUGUCGCCGGGCGAAAAAAGAAGAACAAGAAGCCGAGUGGGCCAGCCAUCAUCGACCUGGAUGAGGAGGACCGCCAACAAGAGCUGCUGAAAGGAAUCGAGACAGCCCUUUCUCAGCCUGGUCCAGAUGUGGUCAUCUGCGACGAGGGCCACCGAAUUAAGAACUGCCAUGCCAGCAUUUCCCAGGCACUGAAGGGCAUCCGCACACGCCGCAGGGUGGUGCUGACUGGCUACCCGCUGCAGAACAACUUGUUGGAGUACUGGUGCAUGGUGGACUUUGUGCGGCCUGACUUCCUGGGCACACGCCAGGAGUUCAGCAACAUGUUCGAGAGGCCCAUCCUGAACGGCCAGUGUGUGGACAGCACGGAACAGGACAUCCAGCUCAUGCGCUACCGCAGCCACGUGCUGCACAGCCUGCUGGAAGGCUUUGUUCAGAGGCGUGGACAUGACGUUCUGCGCUCUCAGCUGCCGGAGAAGCAGGAGCAUGUUAUCCUGGUGCGUCUGUCGGCUCUGCAGAGGGCUUUAUACACCGAGUUCAUGAACCGCUUCAGAGAGGCUGGCAAUACUGGCUGGCUUAGCCUUAACCCACUCAAAGCCUUCUGCAUCUGCUGCAAGAUCUGGAAUCAUCCUGAUGUCCUGUAUGAGGCACUUCAGAAGGAGAAUCUGGCCAAUGAGCAGGAUCUGGACCUGGAUGACAUCACCACUAGCAGUGCCCGCUGCUCAACUACUAAUCCGAGGGGCAAGCCCUGCGAUUCGGCCAAUAGCGAGGGAGGACUGAGUCUGAGUCAGCUACAGGAGAAAGCCAAUCAAGUUAUUACAUAUGAGUGGGCAAAAGACAUUAUGGCAGGCUAUAGGACUGGCAUCUUGGAGAACUCAGCCAAAAUGGUGCUGCUGUUUCACAUUAUUGAUGAAAGCGUGAGGAAGGGAGACAAAGUCUUGGUUUUCAGCCAGAGUUUGUCCACUCUAACAGUUAUCGAAGAGUUCCUGGCCAAGAGGCCGAUGCCUGACCAGAGUGGAUGUGGACUCAAACAGACCUGGGUCCGCAAUGUCAACUACUACAGGCUGGAUGGGAGCACUUCAGCUUCAGAGCGAGAGAGGCUCAUCAACCAGUUUAACGACCCAACAAACAGCUCGGCUUGGGUUUUCCUGCUGUCCACAAGGGCCGGCUGUCUGGGUGUGAACUUGAUCGGUGCAAAUCGCGUUGUGGUGUUUGACGCCUCAUGGAACCCAUGUCAUGACGCCCAGGCUGUGUGCCGUGUGUAUCGCUAUGGACAGCGCAAGCAGUGCCACAUCUACAGACUAGUGUGCGACUUCACCUUGGAGAAGAAGAUCUACGACAGACAGAUCUCCAAACAAGGAAUGUCUGACCGAGUGAUAGAUGACCUGAACCCCGUUCUAACUUUCACUCGUCGUGAGGUAGAGUCUCUGUUGCACUUUGUGGAGGAGGAGCCAGACCCUGCGGAGUCUGCCUACUUGCUCUGCCCACAGGAAGACAUGGAGGCAGUCAUCAGGAAAGCCUGCCUGAGAUACCCCCACCUCAUCACUAAGCAACCUUUCCACCAUGAGUCCUUACUGAUGGACCGCCGGGACCUCAAGCUGACCAGCGAGGAGAAGCAAGCGGCCAAGAAGAGCUACGAGGAGGAGAAGAGAGCAUCAGUGCCCUACACACGUCCAUCAUACGCGCAUUACUACCCAGCCAGUGACCAAAGCCUUACCAACAUCCCUGCAUUCAGCCAGAGGAACUGGCGGCCUCCUCCACAACAAGAAGAUAAGCCAGUGGCCAGCGUUCAUUCAGCACAAGCAACUCCAGCACCCACAAUCCCUCAACAGGCAGAGCAGGGCCCCGCCCCCUCCUCCACAGCCUCAAGCUCCAAAUCUGCAGUCAACUUCCCCGUCACCUACCUGCAGAAAGCAGGGGUGUUUGUACAGAAGAUCGUCAUCACCACAGAUAUCGUGAUUCCUGGUACUAACAGUUCCUCAGACAUGCAGGCCAGGAUCAGUGCAGGCGAGAGCAUCCAUGUCAUCAGAGGAACUAAAGGAACCUAUAUUCGGACGAGUGAUGGAAGGAUCUUUGCCAUCCGUGCUGCUGGAAAAACCAAACAAGCUGAGGAGAGCUCCACCACAAAGAAAGUUAUGUCACCCUCACUGGAGAACUCCAUCAAUAAAAGCACAAAUGACAGUGUGUCGCCUGACCAUAAUGUGCCAAAGGUUAUUACCCCUGAGGCCGUGGCCCGACCUCUCUCACCAGACAGUCCAGAGAUUUUGAGCGAGCUUCAGCGCUACACCAAAGCCCAGUCACCAAGCCCCCCGCCCUCAGAAAUGGCCAAUCUAGAGAAGGCCUCAGAGAAUGGUGUUAUCAAAGUUCUGCCUCAAAAUGAUAUUACCUCACCUGGCAUGGAGGUGCCCCUUGACCUACGGGGCACCAAGCGCAAAUCCACAUCACCUUCUAGCAGCGAACCCUCCCCUAAGCAACCAGCUGGGGAGAUAAGGGGUUCUGCUCAACAUCCUCCACAGAAUUACCCAUUCUCUGGUGGAUAUAGCCUAAAUCCUGCCCUCAACCCAGCCAUAAACCCCACCCUCCUAAGCUCCCUCAGCUCCAUGUGGUCAUCCUACUAUCGACACCAUGCCCCUAUGGGCGAUCCCCGCCUCAUGUUUCCCAUCUCUCCAGAUGCCUACGGUUUAGGAGGCGGGGCUCUGCCCAGCUCCUCCCCUCCAUCCUCCAGCAGCACCACCUCUAGUGCCACAGCUCCCUCUUCCUCUUCCUCUUCCACUUCCAAUGUUGCUCCCUCAUUCCUGAUGAGGCCUGGGGUAUCCGCAAUGCUGCCUCCGAGGUUCACGCUGCCAUACAGGCAGCCCAUGGGCAUGUACCCCCCACUGCUGCUGCCCGGAGGGUUGCCAGCCACAACGCCAGGGCCUGCCGGCUCCAGCUUCCUGCCUCACUAUGCUUCCUCCAGCCCACGAGGCAGUGCUCAUGAUUCCCACCUGGCCGUAGAGAACGGAGCAGUAAGCUCAAAGGGUGACAAGAACGCUUGCAAUAACGAUGAUGAUGUCAUUGAAGUGGUGAGCCAAUAAGAGGAGAACAGUUUGGGAGGCCCAUGUAAAAGGAUGUGGAGAAAAGAGACUAGAACCAAGACUGUGAUUGGUCAAGCUGAGCCAGCCAAAAUAUUACUGGUUGCAACUGGUUACAAAUUAAAGGUUUGUAGAGGAUGCUGACUGACUGAAAAACUGGACAAAGUGAAAAAUCCUAAUGCUGAAUAUUUUAUUUAUAAAGACAAGCGAGAAGAACGUCAAAAGAGCGAAGUUGUGGCUUGGUGGGGGGUGGGGUGGGAGGGAGUUUGAAGAAGGACGACUAAGGGCUUCUUUUAGGCAGCGGUUUAGGACUGGACCUGCAGUGCUUCUUCCCAUCCUGUAGGAGGAGCCAAGUGGAUUCUUCUGAAACAGUUUGCAGUUUUGUAGAGUUCAUAAACCUGGUUAGUAAAGUUAGUGAGUUAGUAAGCAGAUAUUAAAAUAUCUCUGAUUGUUUAAUAGAUAUUUAUUAGUGAUUUGAUUGGUCAUAAUCAUGACAGUGAAAAAAGUUACAGAUUUCACACUUACAUUAACUAAGAGAACAGGACAACUGAGCCUGGAGCGUUUGAAUAAAUGGGAACACGGCGUGAAGAUUGUAUGCUCACAACAGACGGACAUUAAAAAAAGAGGAGGAAAUAUAAACAGAAGACCUUAAAAACAUAAGAAUGUAUAUUUACUUCCCGCCUUUACCACAAUGUUGCCAGCACAGGCCUUAGAGACAGACUUUAGACUGAUGACUAUGUUCAUUCAUGUGUGUGAAUAUACUUACCACUCCCUUUUUGAAACGUUAAUGUUGAUGAAUGGUGUUUUGUGUUUCGUGAACAUUUUAAUGUUUCUUGACACUGGUCAUAAGCAGGUGAACUCUAUUUCAGCCUACUACGAUACAGGACAAAGGGAAUUAGUCCCAUUCAGAAACGUUUUAAAGUAUUUUCUAAAUCACUUCAAAACAGAGUGGCGACGAAACGUGAUACUGAUACAACAAAGGUAUGCUAAAACUCGGAUGCCUUGUGCUGCUGUCUCACUGAAUGUAAUGGUAAGGGUGCAGGGUUCAGGAGCACUGCUCCUAAUGCCUACCUCUCACCCUGUAGUCUUACUCGAGCCUGCGCUAAGACAUGCUAACAUUGCCUAGUCUCUUUAUAUGGGUCGCUGUGUCCUGUCAUACAUUUUUCACCCCCACCCUGCCUGACACGGUUGCUGAAACGUCCCAUUGCUUCUUGCAUAAUGUGCACAAAUUAAAACCAAAAUCAAAUCAUUUCAUGUAAAGGUGUGCCAAAAUAGGACAUUUCCUCUCCCCAAAGAGGGUACACUCUUAAAAAUAAAGGUUUCCUUGGAUUCUAGGAAAACCCUUCAAUUGGUGUAAAACCUUUACGUUAUUCUUUAAACUUUUAAAAAGGUUCUUCACACUAAAACAUCCAGUUUACAAAAAGCAUUCUUUAAAGAACCAUCCGUUGAAUUUUUUUUAACGGAACCAAAAGUGGUUCUUCUAUGGAAUCGCUCCAAAGAACCCUUUUUUAACAGUGUAUCAUUGUCUUUGAACCAAAUCCACCAAAUUCCAUUCCAUUUUUUAUGAACAAGGACACUGAAACUGCUCAUUUAAAGGGGAAUUCCACCAAUUUUCCCACAUCUCUGCAUAAUUCAAUCAUUGAUAUAUAAACAAAGUCCGUUGGCUUGAUGUGAAAUGGUGCACUGUAGAGAAAUUAUUUCUUUUCAGUGGUGGUAAUAGGAACCAGGGGUCACAAUGUCUAUACCACAGAAAUAUCCUUUUUAUUUAGAUUCCAAAAUAGCCAGCCAACCUACACCUGUCUUUUGAGUUCUUAGUAUGUGAUGUUGGUAAUGGUAAAAUAUUGCUAAAUCUAAAAAAGCAAGUUUUCCUUUGGGACUAUUUUGCCUUUCAGUGCCCUGUAUGCAUCUCUCCACCACAAAUUUAUAACCACUUCAUGUAAUAAUGUUCUGUGAGGUAACUUUUUGAGGCAUUAAACUCCGGUUCCUGUCACCACCACUGUAAACAAUUCUGACUCGCAUGAAAAUACUCCAAAUAACUUUCUUUACAUCAUCAUGAAGUAAAGUUUGUAAGAAAUGUUGGAAUUCCCCUUUAUCUUGUUGUGAAUUGGGAGAUUUCCACUCCAGUCAAAUUUAUGCUGUAAGUGAUGUAACAUUUGACACCAAAUAUGAACACUGCUACUACGUGAAAGGUACAGUAUACUGAAUAAUGCUGGAACCUCACCUCCUGUCUGUAUUUGUACAUGGCAUUGCUCCGCUUUGUUUUCAGACAAUGUCCCAGUCAGGCCCACACUGUUCCCCACACUGCCCUGCUCCCCCAUUCAAAACAUUCACCUCCUGUGUGCUUGAAUCUGAUUGGACAACUGUUCAGGAAACGCCUGAAUUGUACCUUAUCGUGUGACUUAUCGUCGUUCUAUUCUCGAUUUGUUUCUCUUUUUUUCUUUUGUAUCCAUUUUUUGCAGUUAAAUUUACCUGUGUUUUUCUUUUUCUUUGACAGUUUACCAAAUUAAUUUAUUUAUAAUGAUGCAUAUUUAUUUGUUUGUAUUUUUUUAUUUUUGUACAUUUUGUUUUUAUGAGGGGCUCGCGUUCUCACAGUAAAAUGCCUCAGCUGUAACUGAUGGAAGGGAUGUGCGUGUGUGUGUGUGUGUUUGUGUGUGUGUUUGUGUGUGUGUGUGUGUGUGUGUGUGUGUGAGAUUGCCACCUGGCAGAAGCAUGUGAAAGCCUUUGGACCAAUGAACCAGGGUCAGUUGUGGUCAGUGGCUUAAUGAAUUUCUAGAGCGAGGCAGUGACUUUCACAGAGAGCUUGACCAUGUUCCAAGAACGUUAUGGCCUAGACAAGCAAGACGCCCCAGUGUUCCAUGUCCUUUGCUUACUACUCUUUACUUGAAUGGAGGUAUUUAUUGUUUAUUAGAGGAAGAGUUGGGUGUAGGAGCAGAUCUCUGUCCUGUUCAGCAAGGAAAGACCUAGGCGUACUGGUCAGACAUACAACACAGUCUGAAAGCACUCGAAUCAAACUGACCUGUGCGUCUAAAGUGAACGUUUGUUCAAUCUGUUCUCUCUGAUUCUUUUUUGUUUGUUUGUUUGUUUUUAUAUUUUUUUCCUGAAGUUUGUAAAUAAAAGCGAAUCAUGAUAAUUA